AGAGGGGGAGGGGCUUCUCUACCAAAGGCCAGGGAAGUGGUUUGGGAGUGUUCUUUCUGCUCUACAGAGAAGAGAGCUGGGACAUUUCUUUUGACAAGAAGCGUCGCAUUUCCCUCUAAGUUUGGACACACUUUGAUCUGCAAGAAUUUGCAAUCAUGCCUGUGUUUCACACGAAGACGAUAGAAAGCAUCCUGGAGCCGGUGGCUCAACAAAUUUCACAUCUGGUGAUUAUGCACGAAGAAGGUGAAGUGGAUGGGAAAGCCAUUCCCGAUCUGACGGGACCGGUGGUUGCUGUGCAGGCAGCUGUCAGUAAUUUAGUGAAGGUUGGGAAGGAGACGGUACAGACUACUGAAGACCAAGUCAUGAAGAGGGAUAUGCCACCAGCCUUCAUUAAGGUUGAAACUGCUUGUACUAAAUUGAUCCAGGCUGCACAGAUGCUGAAAGAUAAUCCAUAUGCUGUACCUGCUCGUGAUUAUCUUAUAGAUGGUUCAAGAGGUAUUCUUUCUGGAACUUCAGACUUGCUCUUGACAUUUGAUGAAGCAGAGGUCCGUAAAAUUAUUCGUGUAUGCAAAGGUAUUUUGGAAUAUCUCACGGUUGCUGAAGUCGUAGAAACAAUGGAGGAUUUGGUGACUUACACCAAAAACUUGGGUCCAGGAAUGACCAAAAUGGCUAAAAUGAUUGAUGAACGACAACAGGAACUAACGCAUCAAGAGCACAGGGUAAUGCUGGUGAAUUCCAUGAACACUGUGAAAGAACUUCUUCCUGUACUAAUUUCAGCCAUAAAGAUUUUUGUGACUACAAAACAAUUCAAAAGCCAGGGAAUGGAAGAAGCUUUAAAGAACCGUAACUUCACUGUGGAAAAGAUGAGUACUGAAAUUAGUGAGAUAAUUCGUGUGUUGCAGCUAACAUCUUGGGAUGAAGAUGCUUGGGCCAGUAAGGACACUGAGACCAUGAGAAGAGCUCUAGCUAUGAUCGACUCAAAGAUAAACCAGGCUAAAAACUGGCUAAGAGAUCCUAAUGCACCUCCAGGUGAUGCUGGCGAGCAAGCCAUCAAACAAAUAUUGGAUGAAGCUGGUAAGGUUGGUGAACUGUGUGCAGGCAAGGAGAGGAGGGAGAUUCUGGGUACCAGCAGGGCUCUGGCUCAGAUGACUGACCAAGUAUCUGAACUUCGAGCUAGAGGUCAAGGUGCCACACCUAUUGCCAUGCAGAAAUCACAGCAAGUAUCCCAAGGGCUGGAUAUGUUAACAGCAAAAGUGGAAAAUGCAGCCAGGAAACUGGAAGCUAUGACUAACUCAAAGCAAGCCAUUGCUAAGAAAAUCGAUGCCGCUCAGAGUUGGCUGGCUGAUCCGCAUGGAGCUCCUGAAGGAGAAGAGCAUAUUCGUGGUAUUUUAAAAGAAGCUAAAAAAAUUGCAGAUCUUUGUGAAGAUCCAAAAGAACGUGAUGACAUAUUGCGCUCAAUGAAUGAAAUAGGAGUACUGACUGCAAAGCUAUCUGACUUGAGAAGACAAGGAAAAGGUGACACCCCUGAAGCUCGUGCCUUGUCCAAACAAAUUGCAACCACAUUGCAGAACCUGCAGACAAAAACAAAUCGUGCAGUGGCCAAUAGUCGGCCUGUAAAAGCAGCAGUGAAUUUGGAGGGUAAAAUUGAGCAAGCCCAGCGCUGGAUUGAUAAUCCUACGAUGGAUGACCGUGGCGUGGGCCAGGCUGCUAUCCGUGGACUUGUUGCUGAAGGCCGUCGACUUGCCAACGCAUUAAUGGGACCAUAUCGCCAGGAACUGACUGGAAAGUGUGACCGGGUUGAACACCUGACUGGACAGCUUGCAGAUCUGGCAGCUCGAGGUGAAGGGGACAGUCCUCAAGCCAGGGCAAUUGCUGCACAACUGCAGGAUGCACUAAAGGAUCUAAAAGGCAAAAUGCAAGAAGUCAUGACUCAAGAAGUAUCUGAUGUUUUUAGUGAUACAACUACUCCAAUUAAGUUGCUUGCUGUGGCAGCCACGUCUCCCCAGGAUGCACCAAAUAGGGAAGAGGUGUUUGAGGGGAGGGCUGGUUAUUUUGAGAACCAUGCUGCCAAACUGGGUGCUACAGCAGAAAAAGCUGCUGCUGUUGGAUCUGCAAACAAGAGCACCGUAGAAGGUAUACAGACGGCUGUGAAGUCUGCUCGAGAGUUAACGCCACAGGUGGUUUCAGCUGCUCGUAUCCUGUUGAGAAACCCUGAUAACCAGGCUGCCUAUGAACACUUUGAAACCAUGAAGAACCAGUGGAUUGAUAAUGUUGAGAAAAUGACUGGUUUAGUCGAUGAAGCUAUUGAUACCAGAUCCUUACUGGAUGCCUCUGAGGAAGCCAUCAAGAAAGAUAUCGACAAAUGCAAAGUAGCAAUGGCCAAUGUACAGCCUCAAAUGCUGGUCGCAGGAGCAACAAGCAUUGCUCGUCGGGCAAACAGAAUUCUUUUGGUUGCUAAAAGGGAAGUUGAAAACUCAGAAGACCCAAAAUUUCGUGAAUCGGUAAAGGCAGCAUCUGAUGAACUAAGCAAAACGAUCUCACCCAUGGUAAUGGAUGCUAAAGCUGUAGCUGGAAACAUUUCAGAUCCUGGACUGCAGAAAAGCUUCUUGGAUUCUGGAUAUCGAAUUCUAAGUGCUGUAGCUACUGUUCGAGAAGUUUUCCAGCCUCAGGAGCCAGACUUCCCUCCACCACCGCCUGAUCUGGAUCAGCUUCAGCUGAAUGAUGAACCUGCUCCUCCUAAACCACCGCUUCCUGAGGGUCAGGUUCCACCACCAAGGCCACCUCCUCCUGAGGAAAAAGAUGAGGAAUUCCCUGAAAUGAAAGCCGGGGAAGUUGUAAAUCAGCCGAUGAUGGAGUCAGCUCGGCAGUUGCACGAUGAAGCCAGGAAGUGGUCAAGCAAGCCUGAUGUGACUGAUGAGGCAAGUGAAGCACUUGAGGCUGAUGUAGAUGUGUAUGAUGAUGAUGCUGAUGAUGAUGAUGAUGACGAUGUUGAGUUGACUCUUCCCUCUGACAAUGAAGAUGAUUACGAGCCUGAGUUACUUUUAAUGCCUACAAAUCAGCCAGUUAAUCAGCCAAUGCUGGCUGCAGCUCAGUCUUUGCAUCGAGAAGCAAGAAAAUGGUCUAGUAAGGGUAACGACAUCAUUGGUGCUGCCAAGAGGAUGGCUUUGUUGAUGGCAGAAAUGUCUCGGCUGGUGCGUGGUGGCAGCGGAACUAAACGUGCUCUCAUUCACUGUGCUAAGGACAUAGCCAAGGCAUCCGAUGAAGUGACACUACUUGCAAAAGAGGUUGCCAAGCAGUGUACUGAUAAACGAAUCAGAACUAAUCUUCUGCAGGUGUGUGAACGUAUUCCUACCAUCAGCACGCAACUUAAAAUUCUCUCCACUGUCAAAGCCACAAUGUUGGGCAGAACCAACAUUAGUGAGGAAGAAUCUGAGCAGGCUACAGAAAUGUUGGUUCACAAUGCACAAAAUUUGAUGCAGUCUGUUAAGGAAACUGUACGGGAAGCAGAGGCUGCUUCCAUCAAGAUCAGAACAGAUGCCGGCUUCACUCUCCGAUGGGUUCGUAAGACUCCAUGGUAUCAGUAAAUUGAUACGUUUCCUUGGUCGUAUCCAUUCUGGAAAUAGUAGUGGAAAAAGUCGCCCUUGGAUAACUAAAAUGUUCUACACGUGAUGCACGGAGCACAAAAUGAACAGAGUGGCAGUGUUGUUAGUGUUGACAUAAUGUUUCUAAUCAUGGCACAAAAUGACACAAUCUUUGCUAAUUAUUAAACAUAUAUUUCUCUUGCAUGUAUGAAUUAUGACAAUGUCUAGCUUUUUUAGUACUUCUGCCGUACAGCUUUUCAAGAAUCACUGAAAUUGUGUAUUUGUUUGAUAUCUGUCACCACUUUUCCCUCCAUAGUUUGUAUGAUUUAGAAGUUAAAUGAGAGCUUCGCUGUCAUACCGUUCAAAUGUUAAGCACUGACGGAGUCUUAAAUUAUCAAAGUUUGGUAUAGAGCCCUACAGCACGGAAACAGGCCUGUCGGCCCAACCCAUUCAUGCCUAGCAGGAUGUCCCAUCUCAGCUAGUCCCAUUUGCCUGUAUGGCCCACAUUCUCUAAACGUCUCCUAUCCAAGUGUCUUUUAAAUGUUACACUACCUGCCUCCACUACCUCCUCUGGCAGCUUGUUCCAUAUUUCAGCCUCAGAGUUAAAUAAUUGCCCCUCGGGUUCUAUUAAAUCUUUGCCAACUUACCUUAAACUUAGGUCCUCUGGAUUCCAACACCUUGGAUCAAAGGCUGUGCAUUCACCCAAUCAAUUCCCUUUAUGAUUUUAUACAUCUCUAUAAGAUUACUUCUUAGCCUCGUGCAUUCCUAGGAAUAAUCCCGAGCUUUCCCAACCUCUCGUCUGAUGAUAUCCUGGUAAAUCUUCUUUGAACUCUCUCCAGUUAAAUGACACCCUUGUUAUAGUAGGGUGACCUAAACUGAACACAAUAUAAUCCCAGUGUGGCUUCAUCAACAUCUUGUAUGAUUGAAACCUAACUUCCCAAUUUCUAUAGUCUAUACGCUGACUGUAGGGGGCCAAUGUACCAACAAUCUUCUUUGCCACCCUAUUUACCUGUGAUACGACUUUCAGGAAGCAAUGUACCUGUAUUCCUAGAUCCCUCUGGUCUACAACAAACCACAGACCCCUACCAUUCACCGUCAAGGUCUUACCCUUGUUUGACUUCCCAAAAUAUAACACCUGGCAUUUAAAUUCCAUUAGCCAUUUCUUAGUCUACUUGCCGUGCUCUAAUCUUUGGUAACCAUCUUCACUCUCUACAAUACCACCAACUUUAGUUACAUCUACAAACUUACAAAUCAUGCCUUGUACAUUCUAAUUCAAAUCAGUGAUAUAAACCACAAACAGCAAUGGGCCCAGCACUAAUCUCUGAGGCACAUCACUAGUCGCAGGCCUCUAGUCUGAAAAGCAACCUUCCACCAUCACCCUCUGCUUCCUUCCAUAAAGCCAAUUCUGUAUUUGGUUAUUUAGCUCUCCAUGGAUCCCAUGUGAUCUAACCUUCUGGAGCAGCCUACCAAGACCUUAUCAAAGGCCUUACUGGUCCACAUAGACAAUGUCUGAGGCUUUGCCCUCCUCAACCUUUCUGAUCUGAAAUAAACCUGUAAUAUGUAAUGGAUAUAUCACGGAGGUAACUUGUGUAAAUUAUUUCCCCUGGGCCAUAUGUUUGAUCUAACAACCACAAAGUAUGGUUCAGCAUGAUUAUAUGGACACUUGUUGGUAGUUGGUUGGACUGUUGUACAGCUGUCAAGUCAUAGUGUGUGCAAAGCUGACUAUUGCAUUUGUAUAUGUCCUGUUCUUGAACAAGAACUUAAUUAUUAAGCCAAAGACUGUGUGGUAAAUUUCUUUCUGAAAGGAGCUAUAUUGAAAUAAACUAUUGCGAAAACAAAUAGAAUGUCAAUGUAUUUUGUCUGGUGAAUUGAGAAUUUGUAUCUAAUAUAAACAAAAUUGUGCCUGAAUCAUUGUACCAGACAGAUUACAUUACUCAAAAAACAGAUAACUGAAAAACCUAUCACUGUGAGCUGAGUGGAAUUCUGGACAGAAUACACUGUGGUAAAUAAACGGUUUAUUGACAAUUCAACAAUUUAACGCAUUUUGCUAUAAUGGUUUAGCCAAUCAGUGAGAAUAUGUUAAAACAUUUAUAUGGGUACUCUUUAAUCAGGGUCCAUCUUCACAAAAUAUGAAAUCUUCACUGUAUACUUGUGGUUCACAAUGUAUACAUUUUACAUUCAUCCAUUCAAGGGAUCUGAAUGAACCUGUGUUUAAAAAUCUAUUGUACACAGUAAAAUAUUCCAACUUUUGCUGCCCACAGCUGCUAAAAGAAGUAUUAUUUCCAGAGUGCAAAUUGUUAAAAUAUAACUCCUAAAUUAUUUCUUAAUACAUAUUGGUGAUAUUCACAUUCACAUGAAGCAACGUUUAAAUUUGUUACCUUUUCUACAAAUAAUUUUUGUAGAUAUUCUAUGAAAAAACAUUAAUUUUAGUUUUUCAGGAUUAAUGGAGUAGAUCACUGCUACCUUUAAGAAAUAUUAUAGUUAAUAAUCUUUACAUUUGCCUCCUUGAAUAUUUAUGUGCUUUCUUAUCUUUAUGAAGACUGUUCAAUUACUUCCAGAAGCAUUUCCUAAUGUUAUUUCGUGUACUUAAUGCCAUAGAUUCCUUUAAAAAUGGAUUACAAUAGGAAUGAGCAGAGAAACGUGUUCCUUUGGGGGCACUUCUUAAAAGGUCAGUACUUAUUUUCCUGCCAAAGUGAGCUAUGACAAGGGCCAAAUGACAUCCGAACCAUGCCAAGAUUAACUGCUCUCUUCUGCCUACACGUGAUCCAUAUACUUCCAUGCCCUACGUAUCCAGGUGCUUAUCUUAAAGCCACUUGAACACCACUAUCGUGUCUGCUUCCACCACCACCUAUUGCAGCAGUAUCAGUUUGUGAAAAAAACCUUGCCCUAAACCACUCCUUUAAAUCUUGCACCUCUCACUUUAAAGUAACGCCCUUUAGUCUUUUACAUUUCCACCCUAGGAAAAGGUUCUGAUUGUAUAUCCAAACUUUGCUUCUCAGUUUAUAUACUUUUAUCAAGUCUCCCCACAGCCUCGGAUAUUCCAGCGAAAACGAUUCAAGUAUGUCUAAUCUCGAUCUGUAGCUCAUACCCCCUAAUUCAAGCAACAUUUUGGUAAACCUCUACUGCACCCUUUCCAAAGCCACCAGAUCCUACAAUGGGGUGAUCAGAACGAUACUGAAUCUGACCUAACCAAAGACCUAUUAAGCUGCAAUAUGACUUCCUUACUGAUAUACUCAAUGCCUCAAAUGAAGGCAAGCAUACUAUACAAUACAAUACAAUUUAUUGUCAUUUGAGCCUAAGUGAGGCUCAAACGAAAUUCCGUUUCCACAGCCAUACAAAGACAAUUUCCUACAGACAUACACACAAUUUAAUUCACACAAACAUCCAUCACAGUGAACCCACUGUGAUGGAAGGCAAAGUCUUUUCGCUCCCCUGUUCUCCAUUUCUCUCCCGAUGUCCAAGCCCCAGGCGGGCGAUGAUAAGUCCUAUAUACCUUCUUUACCACUCCAUCAACGUGUUGCCACUUUCAGGGGGCUAUGGACUUAGAUUCUAAGGUCCCUCUGUACAUCCAUGCUGUUAAAGGUCAUGCCAUUAACUGUAUACAUUCGACCUCCUGAAGCACUUCACACUUGCUCAAAUUAAACUCCAUCGGCCAUUUUUCUGCACAUUCCUGUAGCUGAUCUAUAUCCCACUGUAUACUUAUCAACCUUCCUAACUGUCCACAACUCCAUCUUGACGUAAUUUAUCAACAUCAACCAAGCCAUCUACAUUUACACCCAUAUGGUUCAUUACAUAUCACAAACAGUAGAGAUCACCACAGAUUCCCACAGAACUCCACUGACGCCAGACUUCCAGCCUGAAUAACAACCUUCUACCGCAAGACAAUUUAUAAGAUACUAGACCAAGUGAAGAAUCUUCCUUAAUAGCUUCCCAACCAUUAACAUGCAGCUCACCAGCCUAUAAUUUCCUGGAUUUUCUCCACUUCCUUAAAUAAUGGAACAACAUUGCCCACUCACCAGUCCUCCAGGGUUGAUUAUAGUCCUGAGUAUAGAUUCUACAAAAUGGACAAUUAUUUAUUGGUUAAGUUUGAAAACUUACUUUUGCCUCGAGCUGCGCUGUCUUGCCUGUCUUUAAUCACAUGGAAUGGUUUCAUUUGACCUAAUGAAAGGAUAAAAUAAUUCUUGGAACAAUUGUCAGCCCUCAUUUCCUUCUGGCAUAGUAUCAAGUUGUCAAUGAUUGGAUCAUUUGACCACAUAUUAGCCAUUCGUAUUCAAGAACCAAUGGUAUAAUGAAGUGUACUAUAUCUAACCUAUACGCAUCUUUUUUACAGCAAAUAUUGCAUGAAAUCUUAGCAAUAGUUGUAAAUGUAAAUAUUUACAUUAAAUCUAAAUUAUGUCCAUUAAAUUGACCUUUCUCUCUAUCUCCCAAAAUAUUUAUUCCUGGUUACACUGUGACUUAGGUUACCCAAGUGUAAUAUUACACUAAUUACACUCGCAUACAACAUUAAUUUACAUUCAUUUAAAAUAAACGUAUUGUAUAAAUGUUACACAAUAAACUGCAUAUCCCUAAAUGGUGGAUUUAGUUUUGGAACAUAUUACACUCAAGCACCCAAGACAUGGUUUUCAUGCAAGGUUAGGUUGCGUCAUUGGGUUAUGCUUUUCACUGUUUUACCGGACAAUAAUAGCUUGCAUGUGGUCACAUAGACAGAACAUAUAUUCCUUUACAAAUCUAACUCAUGCUUGAUGUAACGGCCAAAUUUGACAUUGAUCACAUGAUCAUAAUGAUCUAUUUACAAUCAUCAUAAUCAUACUUUGUUAGUCAGGUAUGUUUUGCAACAUACAAGGAUUUUGUUUUGCCAUAGUCAUGCUAAUAAAAAGCAACAGAACACACAAAAUACAUUUUAACAUGAACAUCUACCACAGUGACUCCUCCACAUUCCUCACUGUGAUGGAAGGCGAAAAAAGUUAAAUAUCUUCCCAUCAUUGUUCUACCAUGGUUGGGGGUCUCGAGCUUUCAUGGGCAGUAAAUAGUUGUACAACGAAUAGAUUAAUAAAAAUGUAAAUGGUUUAAAAUUAAAUACCUCUUGCAACAAAUCAUAAAUUACUUUGGCUAUAUAACGUGGAAUGCUUAACUUGAUUGUGUUGAUGCUCUUGAGAUUUGAUUGAUACUGUAUUUGAAUAAUUGGCUUUGCCACAAUUUGUAACUUGCUAUUUAGCUUCAUUAAGUGCCUGCAGUUUUAAAUAAAGUUUUUUUUAACAUUUUA